UUUUUCCACCAUUUAAAAUAAAAAUUGAACUAAACAGAAACGUGCUUUAUCUUAAAAAUAUCUCAAAAUUCUUCAUUAUUAUUUAUUUUUAUGGAAUUUUAAUUCAUAUUGAAGUAAUCACUUUGAUAAAUGUUUCCUUCUCUCAUUUCGUUAAAAUAUGUGCACUGUCCCUUAAGAAAUGUCCAAAGAAAAGUUACUCAAACAAAGACCUUCCAACAUGUUUUACUCCCUUGUAGACCUUUCAAAGUCAGUUCAAAGGUUAAAGAGGUCGAAAAGGUCGGAGUUCAAAGGGACUUUAAAAAACUCUUCCAACCAUUCUUGUUCACUAUUUCGGUUGGUUGUGUAAGUUAUGUUGGAGCUUCCAUAUGGCAGUACGAAAAUCUUAGAAGGAAGGUGAGGAAGAUCAACGGUGGAGUUGUCGGCGGAGGAGGUGGUGGUGGGUGGUCCUCCUCCACUAUUUAUGGAAAAGCUGGAUCCAUAAGAAGAGAGUUAAACCACUGGUGGAAUGGUUUGUCAGCCGGGGAGCGGACGGUGGUGGCCAUCAUGGCCUUGAACUUCGGGGUUUUCCUACUCUGGAGAGUUCCACAAUUUCAACCUACCAUGAUCAAAUAUUUUACUGCCAGUCCUUAUUCUGGCGCACCAUGCGUCUCAAUGUUCCUCUCCUCCUUCAGCCAUCAUUCAUUCUUCCACCUCUUCGCUAACAUGUACGUUCUCUGGUCUUUCACUCCAUCCAUCAGCGCCAUCUUGGGCCAGGAACAGUUCCUCGCCACCUACGUCACUGCCGCUGUCGUUUCAAGUUUUGGUAGUUACAUCUUCAAAAUAGCUCGUUGUAGUCUCUCCCCAUCCAUAGGAGCUUCAGGAGCCAUAAUGGCUGUGCUGGGCAUGGUCUGCUCCAGGCAUCCAGACGCCCACCUCAGUAUCGCCUUCGUAGACAAACUCAUCCCUCACUCCUUCUCCGCUGGUUCGGCUCUCUAUGGCAUUAUAUUGUUGGACAUGCUGGGGAUUGUGCUGAGGUGGAAGCUGUUCGAUCAUGCGGCUCAUCUUGCAGGAAUGUUCUUCGGAUUGUGGUACCUAACUUAUGGCAACAAAUUAAUAUGGCAGAAGAGGGAACCAAUCAUUACAACGUGGCACAACCUUAGGCACCGACCUAAAGAAUAAAAUAUUUUAAUAUUAAUGAUAAUUAAUAUUUGAAUUUGUUGUUGUUCUUAGUG